GACAUACACAACCAGAGAUAAUACAAUGAUCCUAAAAAAGCCUUUUGAAUCAGAAAAAAAUCAGGAUGCUACAGUCUACAUUGGAAAUUUGGAUGAAAAGGUAGAUGAGGUUUUGUUGUAUGAGCUUGUGUUGCAAGUUGCUCCUAUUAAAAGUCUCAACAUGCCCAAAGAUAGAAUUUUGCAAGUUCAUCAAGGUUAUGCAUUUGUUGAAUUGAAAUCAGUUAAAGAUUCAGAAUAUGUUGAAAAAAUAUUGAACGGAAUUUUGUUGUAUUCGAAACCUAUAAAGGUCAAGAAAACCACAAAUCAAACCUCAAGAAAAAACCAAAUUGAUGUGGGCGCCAAAUUAUUUAUAUCAAAUUUAGAUGAGUUAAUUGACGAAAAUUACUUAAACCAGGUUUUCAGUAAAUUUGGAAAUUUCAGCUCUGAUCCAAUUAUCAUAAGAGACUCUAAAACUGGAAAAUCUAAAGGUUUUGGAUUCUUGAAUUUUGAUUCCUUUGAAAGCAGUGAUUUAGCCUUGAAAGAGUUAAAUAACAAAUAUCUUAUGAAUAAAAUUGUUUUCAUUACCUAUGCCUUUAAAAAAGAUGGUAAGGGAGAAAAACAUGGUGAUGAGGCUGAACGAUUAUUGGCUGCACAGGCUAAAAAAAAUCAUUAUCAAUUAACCAAAAAUUCAAAUGGUAAUAAUUUGAUUAUUAAUAAUUUUAGUAAUGUAAACAUUAGCAAUAAAAAUAUUUAUAAUAUAAAUCAUAAUCAGAAUAAUAUUGACAGCAAUUGAAUCAAUUAUUUCAGCUAUUUAUAUAUUUAGUAAAUCUACAAACGUCUAUCGGAAAUGAAAACAAAAUUAUUAAAAGCUGCAAAAAAAACU